AUGUGUUAUUUUAUCAAGAAUACCUAAUAACCAAGCAAUCAGUAAAUUAAUAAUCAUUCAAUCAACAAAAGUCUUAAAUUUGAUGAUAAAUCAAAUCAAUCUACAGUAAAAUUAACUCGUGUCUCUGAAAUACCACCUCCUCUGGUAAAUCCAAUAACAUUAAUCUCUGAAAGCCUUACAAAUGAUGAAGCAAAAUACCAGAUUAAUCAUUCAAAUCACUUUAAAGAUGAUGAAUAAUAAGUGCUUGUCAGAUUAGAGGAAGGCGGUUAUGCUGCCUAUAUCUAUGACAUAUAAUCAGAGCAAUAUAGGAUUGAAACUAUUAAUAACUAUACACUACUUCUUCAGGUAUAACAUUUAGUUAUCGGUGGAGUUGAUAGAGAUAAAUCGAGAUUCAAAGCUAUUGCGUCGGUUUAUGAGUUUAAUCAUACCACUUUAUAGUUAAGUUUACAUUCAGAAAUGGUCCUGCCGAGAUCAAUGACUUCUGCUUGUUAGGUUGGCAAUUUCCUAUUUGUUGUCGGUGGAUCAUCAACUAAUGAUGAAAAUACAUCUAUGGCUAAGGCUGAGAAACUAGAUUUAAACACAAAGAGAUGGUAAACAAUUGAGGAUCCUUACUUCAAAUGUAGUGGGUGUGCAUUGGUUGCAAUAGAUCACAAUACAUUGUUUAAGAUAGGUGGCAAAUGCGAUAUCUUUACUCCAUGCAACUCAAUCGAAUCAUAUGAUAUUCAGAAGAAUUCUUGGACUAAAGUAGAGUUCAAAUUCUUGUCUAAUGGAUAUUUGAGGUUGCCAUUUAAUAGUUGUGCCAUCAAGACUUCAUAUGAUCAGAUACUAAUUCUUGGCGGAUCAGUCCAUGAUGUUAAGAGUAAUGAAACAUAGGUAUUUGAUUUGAAUUAAUAAUAAGAUUCUCAAUUUGAAGACGAAGACACUGUAGAAGUCGAAAGAGUUGCCAAAUUCGAUUGA